GAGCACACCGGGCUGCCCGCCCAGCCCCGCCGCUCCGGUUCAGGCACGGCCGCAGUGACCCCGACCACGCUCCCUCCGCUCCCGCCGGCGCCACAACUUUGUCCCUCCGCGGCCACCGUCCCCUCCCCUCUGCAGGCCCAAGAUGGCGGCGCCCGGCGGGGCAGGCGCGGCGCCGAUGGCGAUGGCGAUGCCGAUCCCGGCCCCCAUCCUGCUCCCGGAGCCGCCGCCCUUCCCGGCGUGGCUCGCAGCGCGGCUGGACGCGCUGGGGCUGGACCGCGCCGUCUACGGCGCCUACAUCGAAGGGCUGCUGCGGGAGGAGGAGAGCGAUGAAGAGCGGCUGGAGGCGCUGCGGGCCGUGCUGGCCGCCUGCCUGGAAGAAGAUCUCUUGAAUGAUGUGUGCAGGGAGGUUGUGGAGAGGUGGUCUGACUCCCAGGUCGUUGAUUCCAAAGAGGAGAAAGAAGAUGAGGUGCAGGCCAUCACCAGCAUGAUGGAGAAGCAGGCCAGGAUAGUGGUGAAGCCCAAGGAGGUGUCCCAGGAGGAGAAGCAGAGGAAGGCUGCGCUCCUGGCCCAGUAUGCCAACGUGACUGAUGAGGAGGAUGGUGGGGAUGAACAGGAUGGAAUGACAACAGCUGUAAAUAUUGGAUCAGAAAAAUCGCUGUUCAGAAACACCAACGUGGAGGAUGUGCUGAAUGCCAGGAAGCUGGAGCGGGAGCUGCUGCGGGAUGAGUUCCAGAAGAAGAAAGAGCAGGAUAAACUGCAGAGGGAGAAGGACAAGCUGGCCAAGCAGGAGAGGAAGGAGAAGGAGAAGAAACGAACACAGAAAGGCGAGCGGAAGCGGUAGCUGGCGCUUUCCAGUUGGACUCUCAAAGGAUAAAAUUAAUUCUGAAUACGGUGUGUGUUUAAAAAGCAGCAAGAAUUCCAGGCACGUGGCUGGGAGCAGUUCUUGGAAAGUGGUGCCUUUUUUUUUCCUUUUUUUUGUUUUGUUUUGUUACAUAGCAGAACAGAAUCUCUGAGCAGCUCCUGGACUCAGCGUGCCCUGUGCUUGUGGUAUCAGUGUCCCAGUAAGUGCUCGUGGCCAGUGUCUGUACCAAAGAAGGGUGAAGUGAUUAUGUCUGUAUUGUUAACUUGAUCCAUUUUUACUUCUGACCACCUGGGAGCAGAGCAUGGUGUAGGAGCAGCCCCUGCAUUGGAUGUGGUUUGUGGUGAGCAGGACAUGCUGCCCCAGGGCACACAUGAAUUCAUUGACACAAGCCUUGAAAAAUGUCUUUGCAAAUCCCUGUUUGCACUGCUGAGGCCAACACUGCAGCCCUGCUCAGGCUGGGCUGGGGGAGCAGGACUGGAGCAGAGAUGUGUGAAACAGAGCUGAGCUGCAGUGAUGUGCCUGCAUCACCUAUGGCCUGUGAGUGAGGGAAGCACCACCCAAGCAGGAGCAUUGGCCUCAGCAGCAACCCCACUCCUAAUGCAGUUUUAGGACUCCAGAGUGCAAAAUGUUGUUCCCUGAUGUUCUGUGGGAUGAACAUGGACUGUUACUUCCCCAGCUGUUGCCAGGGUGAAGCUCUGAAGCUGGUUUGGCACAAGCAGGGUGAGCCAGGGAUGGCCUGUUGGGCACAGCUGCCAUCAGGAGCUGCACUGCUCCUCCUGAAUGCUCCUCCUCCCCCCAAGGGCUCAUCCCUGCUGCUCCAGCCUUUUUGUGACGGUGUUGGCUGCUGCAGAAGGAGAACACUAAUCCUGGGAACUGAGGGGAAGGAGGGGCUGUGGGAGGAGUGGGUGUGCCUGGGCUCUGUGCUGCAGCAGGCUCCAGGUGUUUGCUGUGAGGUGAGACCUGUGCUGAGCUCCUGACUCCAGGGCCAGGCCUGCCCCUCCAGCUGCUGUGUGUGUGUGUGUGUGUGUGAGUCUCCAGCUGCUUUAUCUUUGGACUUGAAUAAUAAAGCUUGAUUGGCAAAGCA